UAGCGAUUGCCGAGUUCCCUAGUGGGAAGGCAGUGUCAAGUUGUUUUUAUGGGACUACAUUACAUUACUACUUUGGCGAGCAGCAAGGAGCCGCUGGUCUGGAAGUUCGUCAACGACAUCGCAACAUCAUCACAUUCAACAUGAGCUCACCACAGUGGAAGAUUGCCGUUGGCUGCGAUGACGCCGGCGUGAGCUACAAGAACAAAAUCAAAGAAGACUUCGCGGCCGAUCCCCGGGUCAUCUCAGUCGUCGACGUCGGUGCCACGGGCAAGGAGGACAAGACGGCAUACCCACACAUCGCCGCGGCGGCGGCCAAACUCGUGGCCUCGGGAGAGGUCGACCGAGCUCUGUUGAUCUGCGGCACUGGCCUCGGCGUUGCCAUUGCAGCCAAUAAGAUCAAGGGGAUCAGGGCAGUCACCGCACACGACAGCUUCUCGGUCGAGAGAGCGGUCCUCAGCAACAAUGCCCAGGUGUUGUGCAUGGGGGAGCGGGUGGUGGGACUGGAGCUUGCGAGGAGGCUCGCAAAGGAGUGGUUGGGAUAUGUCUUUGACGAGAAGAGCGCCAGUGCUGCCAAGGUGGCUGCCAUUCAUGAAUACGAAGAAGGGGAACAUGGUCUUUCUGGGGCGGCGGAGGAAGUGAAGGGUUGCUGA